CCCGGUCGUUUCGUGUUGGGCUCGCUUUUCCAUCUCACACCGUCGCGGGCACAUGUUCUUGGGCUAUCUUGCCGCGUGAGAGCACGAUGGCAUCGCACUACGUGUGCAGAAGCUGUCUGCGCACCCUGCGCACCAAGCGAACCCAAUUGACCGAUCCGACAACGCUGGCGACCUGGCACUCUGCCACUGUUUCGCACCGCACCUUCGCCUCGACGGCGUUUAGGCUUCAGGCACAAGGAGCAACGCCGUCGAACGACGCAGCGAAUUCGCACUCUACUCAAUCGUCGCAGGGAGACAUCGCCUCCAUGCAGCGGCGAUUGAGGAAAAAGUCUGCCACGGAGAGCAUCGCCGCACGUAUCAUGCAGGCCGCCCCCGAAACAGCGGAGACGUACCAUGCGUACGGCGCAACGGAGCACUUCUUCAAUGCUAUCAACGAUAUCGUCGGCUAUGACGUCCCGCAGGUGAAGACCAAGGAGGAGACACCCAAGCUGGAGGGCGGGGAGGAGAUGGGCAUAGCGACUGGUGACGGGGAGUGGUACAGAGAGCUUGGCCUGGUCCCCACCUUCAACAACUGGGCCCAGCUUGUGAUGCUGCACAUGUACGUGCUGACGACCCGGCUUCGCUGCCUGCCGGCGCCAGUGGCCAAGACGUGGUCGCAGAACUUGACGGACCACUUCUUCCUCGCCGCCGAGACACGCAUGGACACUCUGCACGGGAUCACCAUGCGCGGCAUUCGUUCAAAGUAUCUAAAGGACUUGUUCCUACAGUGGCGCGGUGCUCUCGUCUCAUACGACGAAGGUCUCGUCAAAGGCGACGCCAUGCUCGCCAGCGCCAUCUGGCGGAACUUGUUCGGCGGCCGCGAAGACGUCGACCCUGUCAGGCUUGCCAUGGUCACCGCCUGGCUGCGUAGAGAAGUGCGCAGAGUUUCUGCCGAGGUCGACAUGAUAGAUCUGGCUAGGUUCGGUAACCUCAAGAGCGAGGAACCUGUUGUGCUAAUGAAGAGCCACUUCAUGGACAAGCCUCUGCCGCAAUGAGGGUGCAUGAAGGCGAAGGAAGGAAGAGGCAGUCAAAACGAAGAUGAAAAGCAUUUGUACUUUGACAAAAUGUACCACCAUGUAUUGAUAAGCUGGGUGUAAAACCUCCCCUAAGCUAAGUCGCUAAGAACAGCUGGCCACGCGUGCUGAGCGUUUUUACAGGCGACGGUCACUCUUGAGAAUUAGACGUGAUUCAUAAAUAUGACUGCGAGGUUUUGGAAAUCCUGUCAAUCAUGGUGCCAAGCGAAAACCGAUAGAGGACGAUCUUCCCCGUGCGAAACUCGAGGUUGGAUCGAAGCCUUUCUUAUUUUUCUCCUUAAUCCUUUU